GCUGCCCUGCCCUAGGGGCCCGGAAGGCCCAGCUGUGGCCCCGACUCCAUCCUCGGGCCACUCGGAAGCCCCCUUGGGCUCUGGCUGGAGGACUGGGCGAGGGGGUUAAGCUGCUCCAUGGUGAUGGGGGGACGUUGUGGGCCUGAGGAGUCUCCCACCCAAUAACAGGGACCCCAAAUCCAUCAGCCCACACCCGCGGGAGGCACCUACCUGAACUGGAGUUCAUUCGGCCAUCCGGGCCUCUAAGACGGGCUUCGCUCUCAAGACGGGGCGCUGGUGCCUUCCCGUGCCCUCUCGCCGACGACAGGCCGGGCGCUGCCCGCCUCCCGCCCUGUGACUCAGCACCCUUGCCCAGCGCGGCACGACUUUUGGACCCUGCCCACUGUGCCGGCCUCCUGCUCAGAUCCAUCCGGGCUCUCCCAGCACACCUGCCCGGGAUGCGGGGAACCGGAGCCGCUGGGGGCCACGGCCAGCGUUCCAGCAGGAUGGGCUCCCUGGGCCGUUCCCAGGUCGUCAUACUCUCCUACGUGCUGGUGGCCCUGGAGCUCACCUGUCUUUUCAUGCGGUUCUCCAUCAUGCCGUACUUGACCCGGCAGCUGGGCCUGGAUUCCGUGGCCUUUGGCUACCUGCAGACGGCCUUCGGCGUGCUUCAGCUUCUGGGGGGGCCCGUGUUUGGCAGGUUCGCCGACCAGCACGGGGCGAGGGCGGCGUUCACGCUCAGCUUCCUGGCGGCCUCUGCCUUCUACCUGCUCCUGGCAGCCGCCUGCAGCCCGGCCCUGCCCGGCGUGGCCUUGCUCUAUGCCUUGCCCUUGCCUGCCGCCCUCAUGCACGGGCUGCCAGCCGCUCAAAUGGUCAUCGCGGACCUGUCUGCGCCCGAGGAGCGGCCGGCGGCCCUGGGCCGACUGGGCCUGUGCUUCGGGGUCGGCAUGAUCUCCGGCUCGCUGCUCGGCGGGACCCUGAGCGCCGCGUGCGGGCUUCAAUGUCCGGCCUCCGUGGCUCUCGUGGCCAACCUCGUGGCAGCCGUCCUCAGCUUCACCUGCAUCCCCAUCAGCACUAAAGGGGUUAGCGCCGAUGCUCCGGCGGCCCCGCCAGGCAGACCCGACGCCGGCGUGUUUGACCUGAAGGCCAUCAGCCGCCUGCUGCUGCGGCCCGGUGUCCUGCCCGUGUUCCUCAUCAAGGUGGUGUCCGGCUUCCCCUCCGGUCAUUCAGGGCGUGGUCAUCGGCCGGCUGAGCAGCUACUUCUCCGAGGGGGCCCUGCUCCGGGCCGGCGUGCUAGUCUUCGUGGUCGUGGGGCUGGCCAUGGCCCUGAUGUCCAGCGUCUUCCACUUCUGCCUCCUGAUGCCUGGCCUGGUCUUCAGCCUGUGCGCCCUCAACGUGGUCACCGACAGCAUGCUGACCAAGGCUGUCCCAGCGUCAGACACGGGGACCAUGCUGGGCCUCUGCGCCUCCGUGCAGCCCCUGACUCGCACCCUGGGGCCCACCGUGGGCGGCCUCCUUUACCGCAGCUUUGGGGUCCCCAUCUUUGGCCACGUGCAGUUUGCCACCAAUGUCCUUGUCCUCCUGGUGCUCUGGAGACUGCCUCUGCCCCAGAAGACGGACAAAGUCCGGUGACCACAGUCCCCGAGCACAGACUGGCAAUAAAGCCUUCAUCCAGCCUAAUUUCUGCAAAGUCCUGUGGGUUGAACAGGGCAGUUGGGGGUGAGCGCCAGAGGGAUGGAGAGGCUGGAGAGCUUCCUGGAGGAGGGGCUGGCCGCAGAGCCCCAGGGCUCCUGAGAGAGCGGUGCUGCCCGAGUUGACCUUGUGCGUUGGGCCCUGCCCCCUGGAGGGCAUUGCCAUCUGGUUAGAAGUCUGCCCCCUCCUUCCCCCCUGCCACCCCCACCCGGAGAGCGCGGAGCAACUUGCCGCCCGGAGCUUGCAGCCCACCCCCAGUCCUCCGACGCUUGGCCUCAGGGCUAAGCACGCCGCUGCCCAUUCGCCCUUGUCAGUCACCCCACGUGAACGGAACAAGGAUCAGGAGUUCAAGGCUUGGAAAGAGGUCUAGGGAGACGGCCGCACUCCCUGGUGGGGGCGCCUCGUGGGUGGAGCCAGGCAGCAAGUCAUGAGAGCCGGGGAGCCCCUUCACCUCCCACCCCGUCUGGGGAGAGGGCACUAGGCAGGGGAGGCCAGCAUGACCAGUCCAGAGAGAGCAAUCCAGUAGUGGGGGCAGACGACCCUGAAACCAGGAAGGUCACCCCCCCACCGCCCCGCACACAGGCUGCCUGGAAAACUGGUUGUUACAACUCGGGACCCCCAACCCCCCAAAAUUCCACGGUCCCGACCAGAGGGACCGCAGAGAGCAGAGGUCCGUCAGCUCUCCUGGCCCAAGAGCUCAGACCAGACCAGUUUCUGUGUGAACUGCACGGGGGACGGGGAUCUCACCGAGUUUGACUGACCCUUAGUCUCCAUAAAGGUCUGGGCAGGACAGGGGUGGAUCUGAAGCCUGUGCAGGCCCCGGGGCCACUCUCUCUCCACUUCUCCAGAGGAACCCCUCCCCCAAGCACAGGUCGUGUUCAGGAGAAAAUUCCUUGCAAGGAAUGGUUCCUUUUCUUUUUGGAGAUUUUAUUUGACAGAGAGCUUGUGCGCGAGCACAAGCAGGGGAGCGGGAGGCCGAGGGAAGGGGAGAAGCAGACCCACAGGGGCCUGCAGGGGCCCAGAAGCCGGCUCUAUCCCAGGAUGCUAGAAUCAUGACCUGAGCAGAAGACAAACGCUUAACAGACUGAGCCCCCCAGGCGCCCCACAAGGGAUGGUUUCCUCCGGUUUCCCAGCGAAGGGGCAAGCGCCCACCCCCUCGCCCCAGUCAGCCCCGAGACCCAGCAAGGAGGCCCACGGGGCUCCCCUGCGUCCAGUGUGAGUGACAAGGCUUUAGGGCCCAAUUCUGGUUCUUCACUCCCCACGCCACUGCCUCCCACCCUGAUAUCCUUCCCGCCAGAAAGGUCCCCGAAAUGAAGUUUCCCCUCAGCAGGCUGAGAACAAUGUCCUGUUCUUCUGUCCUCUGGCCAGCUCAUCACCAGUGGCUGGAGGAACUCACCUCGAGUCCUCCCCACCAGGCAGCCCCGGACACACUGUGUUGGCCAAGCCCAGAGGAAGCAGCUGGGCGGGCAGGGCAGAGGCUGCCGCUUGUCGGCUGCCAACCACGGGGAACGGCCCAGGCCUCCCAUUACUUGCCCAGAAGCCCCGCUGCCUUCCUAGCCCCACAUGGUGGGUGCCGGCCAGCAGGACCUGGUGGCCACAUGGCCAGGAGCGGCUGCAGCCGCAGGGUGGGGUGGGGUUAAGGGGAGCGCAGCCGGGCAGGCGACCAGAGGCCUGAGGCUUCCUUCCAGAGGGCUGCGGGACAGGUGGCGAGUGGUGGUGGGCGGCCGUUGGGGUCUGUGGGCAGAGGAGGUGCACCGACCUCAAGGGGGCAGUUUGAAUGACCUCCCUGGGCAAGCACCAGCCCCGGCCUUCCAGCCCGCCCCCCCUCCUGUCCUCCCGAGGCACACCCAGGAGCAGAAGUCAGCCGGGGCCAAACCUCGGGGCACUUCCCAGCCUCGGGAGAGGCUGCUUGGCAAGGAGGGCGUGAACAGGGCCGUUCAGAUGACACUGCGCUCGUUCAGACAGCUCUCCCCGGGCCCUUCCACCGCCAGGGUGGUGGCUCUCCCCACCCCCACCCGACGCCCACGGGCAGGGCCACCAACCCGCCGCAGGAAGCUCACCGCACCAGGCCUGGGCUGGUAGAAAAGGGAACAGAUCAGUUUAUUUGGAAUGAACACAUUGAUGCAAAACGAACUAUUACGACAGAUGGUUCCAUGAUAACCACCCAAUAAAUACAUAGAUAGUCUGAUAAUUUAAGGCGCCCGCUCAGCGGGCCGAGGCUCUGUGGCUCUGCAUGGGAAGAUCCUUCCGUGUGGGUCAGGGACACGGCUCCCGGCCUUUGUCCUCACUGUGGUCAGCGGGCGGGCGGCCCGCCCGGGUCCCCCGCAGUCCCGG